AGGAGCAGUAAGAGCUACUGCUUCUUCUGAUUCUGCUAUUCGGGUUCUUCAACAACAUAUGGAAAUGGGCAUCUUUCCUUUUCUUCCUCAUUUCCCUUCUUUCUUGUUCUUCAAUCAUCACCACUUCUACUUGUACAAAGAGACCUUUGCCACAAAAAAAAAUGGGGGGUUUGUUGGUGAUUAUAGCAAUAACGUCAGUAUUGAUGAUGCCUUGGCUUCAUUCUAUCGCAUGAUCCACAUGAACCCUAGGCCUUCUUUUGUGGAAUGUGACAAAUUCUUAGGCUCCAUUGCCGGAAAGAAACAGUAUUCCACUUUUGUCUCCUUGUGCAAUCAAAUGGAUUUGUUUGGAGUUACCCACAAUGUUUAUUCUCUAAAUAUAUUGAUUUACCGCCUUUGUCGCUUCAACCAUGUUCAUUUUGCUGUCUCUAUCUUGGGUAAGACGGUCAAACUGGGUAUGCAACCUAAUGCUAUCACAUUCAAUGCCCUCAAUAAUGGGGUCUGCAUUGAGGGCGAUAUUAAAGAGGCAGAAGGAUUGUUUAACGAGAUGGUACGGAGACGGCAUGAACCUGAUGUAACUAACUGUACUGCUGUAAUCAAUGGAUUGUGUAAAACUGGCAACACAAGUAUGGCCGUUCACGUGUACAAGAUGGGACAAAAUGGGUGUAAGCCAGAUGUGGUGACAUAUAAUACAAUCAUAGACAGCCUUUGCAAAGAUAGGCUAGUUAAUGACGCCAUGGAAUUCUUAUCUGAAAUGGUGGAUCGGAGCAUUCCACUACAACAUUGUUCAAAGAAAUGGUUGGUAGGAAUGUAAUGCCAAAUACAGUGACCUUCACCAUUUUGGUUGAUGGACUCUGCAACGAAGGGAUGGUUUCAGAAGCUCGGUGUGUCUUUGAAACGAUGGCCGAGAAAGGUGAGGAGCCAAAUCUUUAUACCUACAAUGCCUUGAUGGAUGGAUAUUGUUUAAAUAACCAAAUGGAUGACGCCCAAAAAGUGCUCGACAUCAUGGUUGGCAAGGGUCAUGCUCCUGUUGUACAUAGUUACAACAUCUUGACCAAUGGAAAUUGCAAGAGAAGAAGGCUGGACGAGGCAAAAAGAUUACUUUCUGAAAUGUCUGAAAAGGAAUCGACUC